AUGGGAUUCUCCGGGGUUCGAUUCGUUGUGAUUUUUGCUUUGUUGACGAGGUUAUGUAUGGCUCAGGCGCCUGUGCCGGCACCGGGUUCUCCACAGCCUCUAACUCCUCCAUCAGCCACACCGGCGCCUUCUCCGGUCGUUCUCCCUCCAUCUCCAACUCCAACACCAAACAGAGCACCAUCGCCUUCACCGACUCCGGUAUCGCCUUCACCCGCUCCGGAUGCUCCGUCACCCGCACCAGUGGUACCUGCUCCAGCUCCGGCGCCUAUUGCUCCUACCCCAACUCCAAUCUCUACUCCUACUCCUUCCGGUGGUCCUGUUGUUCCACCCAUUGCUUCUCCUCCUUCACCCACCGGAAUCGAGGUGCCUUCACCAGCACCCCAAGGCCCGCCGGCCGAUAACCCAGCUGGAGCGGCGUCGCACAUCGGCGGAGCAGCGACGUUGGGGAUCGCUUUGGCUGGUACUCUGUUUGCAGUGAUUUUAUCGUAG